GAUGCCCGCCCGUACGAGGCUCAAAUCUCAUUACUUCAAGGACAUGGAUCUGUUUAACGCGACUAGGUGACUCCUAAAGCGACUCGACUUCACCAUAAUCAUACAGCAGGACCAAACCUGAGUGGAAAUUUAGCAAUAAUUUUGAGAACUUCUUGCGCAAAUAAAAAAGAAAACAGACAAUGGACGAGCUCACCCAAUUGUCAAUCCCCCUGCCGCGGUCGUUGGACACGCGCAUCUAUAUCAGCUUAACGAUCAAAGCAAAAGCCAUCACCCUCUUUCUCACCACAGCCUCGGCUGACGAAGCUGGUACACCCACUCCGUUGGGCUCAUUCGUUUUUGCUCUGCCUGAUAAAUACAAUCCAACACAGCCCUUGUCAACACCGCUUUGUACCGUGGAGCCAACACUUGAGCUCACGACACGGCUAGCCAAGAUUGUAGCCAAGAAGACACAACUUCCUACGUACGUGGGCAACUCGAUAAGCUUUGCCAACGCCGGCCUUGGGGCACCAUGGAAGAGGAGAUGGAGGCCUUCAAACAGGUGGCCCAAAUUGUCCUGUCCAAGUUGCAACCCAUCAUCAAGGCCGUGGGCGCCGUUGGCCCUUAAGCAGUCGCCGCUCCGGUCCUUACGGAUGCUGCUUGCUUCUCAACCGGAUCUAAGUUCGGCCUCAAAUUUUGAGGUCGGCGAACAGCGCCUAGUCCCGAGCGCGUCUUGUCUGAUUACAUGAUACGUAGCUCCUGCGGCACUAGCGAGUUUGUCGCUCAACUCUGCUCUCUGCCCUCUGCUCUAUUUGCAAUACGCCCCAUUGUGUGAGGGUAAUAAUAGGUGGCCUAGCUUUGAUGGCGCAGCGGCUCAGUCAACAACAGGAGAACCCGAGCCGGAGGCCGUAACCGGAGACCGCCCAACGGCUUUGUGGACAGAACUUUUGUAUAUUCGGGGAUUCU